ACAUAUCCCAUCCCCAAAAACCCUAAACUAUUAAACCCAACCAAAAAUUAAAAAAACAUGGAAGAAAUGGCAAUGGGGUUUCGAUUCUUCCCAACCGAAGAAGAACUCAUCUCAUUCUAUCUCAACAACAAGCUCGAGCUAGAAGAGGACAAGGCUAGCAACAUUCAUCGUGUGAUACCGAUCCUCGACAUCUACCGCCUCGACCCGUGGCAACUCCCGUCUCACUGCGGGGAGCUGUGCCACGGGGACACGGAGCAGUGGUUCUUCUUCAUGCCGCGGCAGGAGAGGGAGGUGCACGGGGGGAGGCCGAGCCGCACCACGGCCUCCGGGUACUGGAAGGCAACCGGGUCCCCGAGCCACGUGUAUUCUUCGGAGAAUAAGGUGAUUGGGGUGAAGAAGAGCAUGGUGUUCUACAAGGGGAAGGCUCCCACGGGGAGGAAGACUAAGUGGAAAAUGAAUGAAUAUAGGGCUAUUAAGGAAGACCCUACUAGCUCAACGCCUAUGUUGAGGCACGAAAUGUGUUUGUGUCGGGUUUAUGUCGUGUCGGGGAGCUCGAGGGCGUUCGAUCGGCGCCCUACUAGCGUGGGGGAGACCUCUUCAGCCGGAGUUGUGAAGUAAAAUCGUGUAGCGAUUUUAGUAUAGUUUGUGGCGUUAACAAGUUUUAUUUCAUGUUACUAAUUACUGAAAAUGUGGGGUUUAAUAGAAAAUGAUUUAGAACAGUGCUUAUAUACACGUUGUACAUUAAUUAAUGCAAGGAAAUUGUCGUCUAUUAAAAUUAGUUACAGUAAUUGUGGUAAGUUUCUCUCUUUAAUAAAGUUAAUCCCAUUUUUUCACUAUCUAAAGCACAUUUUCUCUCUA